AUGUGCGACGAAGAAGUAGCAGCAUUGGUGGUUGAUAAUGGAUCCGGUAUGUGCAAAGCCGGAUUUGCUGGUGAUGAUGCACCUCGUGCUGUAUUCCCAUCAAUAGUUGGACGACCAAGGCAUCAAGGUGUCAUGGUCGGUAUGGGUCAAAAAGAUUCAUACGUAGGUGAUGAGGCUCAAUCGAAGAGAGGUAUUCUCACCUUGAAAUAUCCAAUUGAGCACGGCAUUGUCACAAAUUGGGAUGAUAUGGAGAAGAUCUGGCAUCAUACAUUCUAUAAUGAACUUCGAGUUGCGCCCGAGGAACAUCCGGUGCUUCUUACCGAAGCUCCAUUGAAUCCAAAGGCAAACAGAGAAAAGAUGACUCAAAUCAUGUUCGAGACAUUCAAUACUCCAGCUAUGUACGUUGCCAUUCAAGCUGUACUGUCCCUGUACGCUUCCGGUCGUACUACUGGUAUUGUACUUGAUUCCGGAGAUGGUGUUACUCAUACUGUACCAAUUUAUGAAGCUAUGUACGUUGCCAUUCAAGCUGUACUGUCCCUGUACGCUUCCGGUCGUACUACUGGUAUUGUACUUGAUUCCGGAGAUGGUGUUACUCAUACUGUACCAAUUUAUGAAGGUUACGCAUUGCCACACGCAAUUUUGCGUCUGGAUUUGGCUGGGCGAGAUUUGACAGAUUACUUGAUGAAGAUCCUCACUGAGCGUGGUUACUCAUUCACGACCACGGCUGAACGUGAAAUUGUGCGUGACAUCAAAGAGAAGCUGUGCUAUGUUGCCUUAGACUUCGAGCAGGAAAUGGCAACUGCUGCAUCGUCAUCGUCCCUUGAAAAAUCUUAUGAAUUGCCUGAUGGUCAAGUGAUUACUGUAGGCAACGAACGAUUCCGAUGCCCAGAAGCUCUAUUCCAGCCAUCCUUCCUGGGUAUGGAAUCUGCUGGUAUCCAUGAAUCAACCUACAACAGCAUUAUGAAGUGUGAUAUUGAUAUCCGAAAAGAUCUAUAUGCUAAUAUUGUCUUAUCCGGUGGUACAACUAUGUACCCCGGCAUUGCUGAUCGAAUGCAAAAAGAAGUAACAGCUUUGGCACCAAGCACAAUGAAAAUCAAGAUUAUUGCACCACCUGAGCGCAAAUAUUCCGUAUGGAUUGGUGGUUCCAUCUUGGCUUCUCUAUCCACCUUUCAACAGAUGUGGAUCUCGAAGCAAGAAUACGAUGAAUCUGGUCCAUCAAUUGUACAUCGUAAAUGCUUCUAA